CCCUGGGCCGGCGCAUGCGCGCGGCUCCCCCUCGGCCGCGGGGAGGGGGAUGCGGACGGGGGAAGAUGGCGGCCUCGAACAACCCGCGGAAAUUCAGCGAGAAGAUCGCGCUGCACAACCAGAAGCAGGCGGAGGAGACGGCGGCCUUCGAGGAGGUCAUGAAGGACCUGAGCCUGACCCGCGCGCACCGGCUACAGCUGCAGAAAACCCAAUAUCUGCAACUGGGGCAGACUCGUGGCCAGUACUACGGGGGGUCACUGCCAAAUGUGAAUCAGAUUGGGAACAGUGCCAUGGAUCUCCCCUUCCAGCACAACGGAGCUCUGGCUGAAGCCUUUGGAGCAGUUCCUGUCUCUUUGACCCCGUUCCAGUCGUCAGCGCUGGACACGAGCAGGACCACGCGGCACCACGGGCUGGUGGACAGGGUGUACCGGGAGCGGAACCGCCUGGGCUCGCCGCACCGCCGCCCGCUCUCCGUGGACAAGCACGGCCGGCAGGUGGACAGCUGCCCCUAUGGCACCGUGUACCUGUCACCGCCGUCGGACACCAGCUGGAGGAGGACAAAUUCUGAUUCUGCCUUGCACCAGAGCACCAUGACUCCAGCUCAGCAGGAAUCCUUUUCAGGAGGCUCCCAGGACAUGCAGCAGAAAAGAGUUUUAUUGCUGACUGUCCCUGGAAUGGAGGAGAGCACCUCUGAUGCAGACAAAGCCCUCUCCAAGCAAGGCUGGGACACUAAAAAGACUGGGUCAUCGAGACCCAAAUCCUGUGAAGUUCCAGGAAUCAACAUCUUCCCGUCGGCGGAGCAGGAGAGCAGCCCGGCCCUGAUCCCCGGCGCGCACAACACGGGCGGCUCGCUGCCCGACCUCACCAACAUCCACUUCCCCUCGCCCCUGCCCACGCCCCUGGACCCCGAGGAGUCCUUCCCUGCCCUCAGCAGCUCCAGCAGCACGGGCAACCUGGCUGCCAACCUGACCCACCUGGGCAUCAGCUCUGCCAGCCAGGGAAUGACGACGACGCCGGCCCCGUCCCAGCACCGCCAGCCCAGCGUCAGCCCCCUGUCCUUGGGCGCGGACUCGCGGCGACCUCAGUCCCAGCAAAUGUCCCCCACGCUGUCCCCGCUGUCACCCAUCACUCAGGCCGUGGCUAUGGAUGCAUUGUCCCUGGAGCAGCAGCUGCCCCCGUACCCCUUUUUCACCCAGCCCAGCUCCCAGCAGCAGCAGCAGCCAGCGGUGGCCAGUUCCCUGCCCCAGCCCCCCCCUCUGCUGCAGAGCUCGGGGCUGCAGAGGGGCCCCCAGCUGCCCCCUCUGGCUGUCACGGUACCUUCCAGCAUCCCCCAGUCACCCCCGGGGAGCCAGAGCCAGCCCUCCAUGGGCAUUGACAUCAACUCGGCCUCACUCCAGCAGUACCGCAGUAAUGCUGGCUCCCCAGCCAACCAGUCUCCCACCUCUCCUGUCUCCAAUCAAGGCUUCUCUCCUGGCAGCUCCCCUCAACAUUCUUCCAUGCUGGGCAGUGUUUUUGGGGACUCCUAUUAUGAGCAGCAGAUGACAGCUAGGCAGGCUAAUGCCCUCUCCCACCAGCUGGAGCAGUUCAACAUGAUCGAGAACGCCAUCAGCUCCAACAGCCUGUACAGCCCCUGCUCCACCCUCAACUACUCGCAGGCUGCCAUGAUGGGACUGACGGGCAGCCACGGCAGCCUGCAGGACUCGCAGCAGCUGGGCUACUCCAGCCACGGCAACAUCCCCAACAUCAUCCUGACAGUGACAGGAGAAUCCCCCCCCAGCUUAUCAAAAGAACUGACCAGCUCCUUGGCAGGAGUGGGGGACGUCAGCUUCGACACGGAUUCCCAGUUCCCUCUGGAUGAACUCAAAAUUGACCCCUUGACCCUGGAUGGACUGCACAUGCUCAACGACCCCGACAUGGUCCUCACCGACCCCGCCACAGAGGACACGUUCCGCAUGGACCGGCUGUGAGCCGCAGGGCCCGCCCGGGCCGCCCCUCCUGGGGCUCUGUGCCCUCCUGGGGCUCUGUGCCCUCCUGGAGCUGUAUCCCCUUCUGGAGCUGCAUCCUCUCCUGAAGCUGCACCCCUCCUGGAGCUGUAUCCCAUCCUGAGGCUGUAUCCCUUCCUGGAGCUGCAUCCUUUCCUGGAGCUCCAUCCCAUCCUGGAGGGUCUAUCCUGAAGGGUCCAUCCUGAAAGGUCCAUGCCACCCUGAAGGGUCCAUCCCGGCGGGUCUGUCGCACCCUGGAGCUCCGUUCCAUCCUGGAGGGGCCAUUCCACCCUGGAGCUCCAUCCCACCCUGGAGCUCCAUCCCAGCCCGGAGGGUCGAUCCCACCCUGGAGCUCCGUUCCAUCCUGGAGGGUCCAUCCCAGCCCGGAGGGUCCGUCCUGGGGGGUCCAUCCCACCCUGGAGCUCCGUUCCAUCCUGGAGGGUCCGUCCUGGGGGGUCCGUCCCAGCCCGGGGAGCAGCUCUCGUGCCCCUGUACAAUCAGUAACCAGAGCUUGUUGUCCGAGCUUGCCGCGCUGCCGAGCCCGUCCCCGCGUGUCGCCCCGAGCCGCUCGUUGCCGUCCAGCAGUCAGGACUUGUCCGGUUUGUCCCGGUUUGUCCCGGUGGUUUUUCCCGGUUUGUCCCGGUGGUUUUCCCGGUUUGUCCCGGUGGUUUUUCCCGGUUUGUCCCGGUGGUUUUUCCCGGUUUGCCGUCGGCCUUUCCCUCUGCAGAGCCCCUCUGCCCGGGUGGGACCUUGUCCCUGCCCUGUGCCCCAGGGAGGGGCUGGGGGCAGUCACGGGGCCGGGGGGGCUGGCACUGCCCGGAGCGGGGCUGGGGGGCUGGGGGGCCCUGCCCCUCGGGAGCCAAGCCCUGCCGUGCCGCCGUGCCCUGCACUGGCAGCGCCCGUGCCGCUGCCGGUCCCAGGCGUGUGCCAGCCCCUGCCCCUCCCUCCGGCCCCGGCAGUCCCGGCACAGCGGAGCCGCCGCGGCCGCCAGGCCCCCAAUCCACCUUCAACACUAUUUUUUUCUAAGCUUUUUAUGGUUUGUUUUGUUUUGUCUUUUUAAAAAAAAUAUAUGUGUAAUAUAUAUCUAUUUCUAUAUAUGGCUGCAUAUAUAGAGAGCAUUUCUGAGCACACAUGAAAGUUCUAUAAUUCAUUACUGGAUUAGACAGAGGAUCAGAACAUCUUAAAGCAGCUAAAAAAAUAGAGACUAACCUGCAUAAUCCUAAUUUUUACUUUGUGAGAGAUUCCUGGGCAACAGGAAGGGCAUUUCCAUAGCAAUGCCAGGCUCGUAGAAUCAUGAUUUUUUAAUUUUUUAUUCUUAUUCAUUACUUAUUCUGUUACUUAUUUAUGAUUUUUUUGGUUGUUGUUGUUGUCAUUUAUUUUUUUUUAAAUUUUAUUUAAAUAUUUGGAUAUUAGGAAAGUAGCUCAACUACAUACAGCCAAUGGAAGCACUCUACAUAAUAUUUGUACAGUACAUUUUUUUUGUGGUUUUAUUCCAGAAAUAUAUUAUAUAUAUAUAUUAUAUAUGUAGGUAUUUUUAAACUAACUGGAAUUUUACACAGAUGUUAAGCAGGAAUAAGGAAGCCCAAGGCAAGUUUAGAUAUUUUCCUUUGGAAAGGCAAAAUAGGGUGGUUGGAACUUAAAAAUUCCUUCAUUCACCCGGGGGAAAAAAAAAAUCUCUUGCUCCACAAUGGCCAGGAUUGAAUCCUCCAAAAUUCUGUUUAAUUAAAUGGAGAAUUGAUUAUU